GAGAAAGAGAGAGAAAGAGAGAGAAAGAGAGGGAGAAAGCCACAUACAUAUGGUGAGAGAGACAGAAACAGAGAACAAGCGUGUGAGUGUAUGCGUGAGCUAGUGUGUGUGAGUGUGUGCACAGAGGCGCAUUGACAGGAGCGGAGAAGGAGCAAGGCUAACAAACAGCAGCCGUGAGAGAAAGGGAGCACUGAGACGCCACUGGGGGAGAGAAAAGAAGAAAGGACGAAAGAAAGAUAGCAGUGAAUACCUGAAGACCUGAGGCUCUGAGACCAAAAGAGGAGGAUAGGAAGAGAGAGAGAGAGAGAGAGAGAGAGCAGAGAGGAGGAGAGGAAGAUACCCAGAGAGGCAUCACAGGAGCUCACGUAAUUACACAACCUAUUUGGCUGACUGACUGACUGACAGAGAGAAAGAGACAGGAGGAGGGAUGGAGAGGGAGCUGCUAGGAACCGCCGCUUGGCCACACCACAGACGACAGGGCGAGAGGGAGAGAGUGUGAAGGACGAAGGGAACCGACAGAGGAGAAGAAGAGGAGGGCUCCACCACCAGCCUCUGUCCUCCAUCACUGUGACUAAAGGAAGGAGUGACGCAUCCAUUCUUUGACAGCCCAGUCUCCAUCUUACCUUCCCUUCCUCCAUCUUUACCUUCCUCCCUCCACCUCCAUCGUUUGUUUUCUCAGGGUCUCACAGAAAGGAAUGAUCACCUUGUCUCCGCCGCUCCUAUCCUCCUCCUACUCCUUCUCCUCCUCCUCCUUCUCCUCCUCCUCCUCUGCCCCUCUGGCAAAACACGCUCUGUUCUGCUCUCAGACGCACUGAGACCAAAUGUUAUCAGCUUCACACACACAUGGAAGCUCUACCUUGUAACAAGACUAUUGUCACCUCUCAGCACAGUAAUAUCCAAAACCAACAACAUCAACAACACACAGCAAGAACCAGGCACAGCAAGGUGGUAGGAGAACUGGUAGACGAUAUGUUACGACAGGACUAAACAACAACACAGGUAACUGAGCCAGAGGAUUGUGAGGACGACAGUCACACCAUCUGACUAUCUGAGGCCACUGCUGUCACUCUGAACCUCUGAGAGACAGACGGACAGACCGUGACGAGGACCUUUAUCAGCUGACUAAUGGGAGGACUCAGUUUGAAAGUCAAGUACCCCUUCCUUCAGUCCCUCCUUAGAGGAUUUCAGGAGUGGUACGUUUAGGAGCAGGGGAGUCAUUCCAAUAACUUUCCAUUGCCUCCUAAAAAAAGACCUCCGCCUUAUCAGACUCCAGCCAAGGAAGCCAAAGGACACAAAACCAUAUUUGACCAAGAGCAGAGAGAGAGCCGAGAGCAGAGAGAGAGAGAGAGAGAGAGAGAGAGAGAGAGAGAGAGAGAGAGAGAGAGAGAGAGAGAGAGAGAGAGAGAGAGAGAGAGAAGGUUCCAGCCUGAGUGUCUACAGGUUGUUCUCACACACAAGGCCAUUCCACAGCCUCAGAUAGAAACAGGAAGGAAGUACUGGUUUGAGCAGCAACCACUUAGAAACAAGCAAGCCCCAAGCCCUGUUUGAGUCAGUUUCCCCUGGCAAGCCACAGGACGCUGUGUGAGACAAUACAGACUUAACUACUACUGAACAGCCCGUGCUGCUUGAGCUCUCCAUUUUGAGAGAGUAGAACUCUUCACAACCCUGUUGUGUAAGUGUAUAAUAUAAUCAUCUAUAUACGUACAUAUAAGAUUAUUUAUUGGUGUUAUCACUGAAAACAUAUCUUUGUGCUGAUGUGUUGAGUCCUGUCUGUUGUUGAGCUGUUACUGUGGUUGUUCAGCUGUUACCAGUACAUAUCUUUAUUGUAUACCUAAGACUGCACAGAGUAGUUUUAAGAGGACUAAUUACCAGGCUCGGACUGUUAUCGCUGUCUAUCAGUAGUGUUAUCAGAGGACAGUGUUUCUGUGAAAUAGGGAAGUCUGUUUCACUGCUCCAGGUUUGAGGGCUCUGGCUAUAGUCCUCUGUCCUUCUGUCCCACAUAAAGACUCAGGGUAACAGCACCACAGACGUGGGAGGCCUUCUAAUUGAAACAAUGGACAGAAUCAUACGUCCCCAUGUCCCGUCUAAUGGCUGACUUUGACACCCCCAGUCCACUUCAUAGCCCCGCCCCACGCCCAGCCCAAGCCAGGGGCAUCGCCCGCUGAACCAGUCACAGCCCCCUCUCUCUAACAAAGACACAGACACGCAAAUAAGCUUAAUGUCCAUGUCCUGCCUCAGGCGGCAGCCUGUGACCAUCCCCAUGGAUACCGUCAAGAUCAUCCAGUCGGAAAAGUUCCCCCGGGAAUGCACAGUGCCAGUCACCCAGCCUUGCUUCACCCCUCCCCCGCGGGUGGCAUGGGACGGAGGGGGAGAGGGAGAGAUCAUCGUGAACCAGGCGUGCAGUGACCUAGCCCUGGAGAUGACCUGCACUGAUCUGGCCCCCACCAGACCCAUGGUCUCAUCUCCCCCAGCUCCGAUGGCCCGCAUGGGCCGCAGGGAGAGCUACCUGGCCCAGCGCAAAGCCAGCGCUGCAGAGAUCUGCUACCACCAGUUCCACUACAAGAUGGAGGACGUCAUAGUCAACCAGUACGUGCUGCGUUCUUCUUCCACCUCCUCCUCCACCUCCUCUUCCUCCUCGGGGCCCGUGAUGCCCUGUGAACCCCUGGACUGCCCCACCUGCGGCCACACCUACAACUUUGCAGGCAAGCGUCCACGCAUCCUCUCCUGCUUGCACUCGGUGUGUGAGGAGUGCCUGCAGAUCCUCUACGAGUCCUGCCCCAAGUACAAGUUCAUCUCGUGCCCAACGUGCAGGCGUGAGACGGUGCUGUUCACUGACUAUGGGCUGGCUGCCCUGGCCAUCAACACCAGCAUCCUGAGCCGGCUGCCCUCUGACCCCAAUGGCCCGGUGCAGUGGGGCGGGGAGGCCGACCGGAGCUGCUACCAGACGGUGCGCCAGUACUGCCAGUCAGCCUGCACAUGUCAGAUCGCCAACCCCCUGUCCUCCUGUGGCAUUAUGUAGAGACCUUGGCAGGGGCCAAACUGGCAUGCCUCCUCUCUAUCUCACAUACAUACAACCCGUCUCCUCUCUAUCUCACAUACAUACAACCCGCCUCCUCUCUAUCUC